AAAAAAACCCAGCAAGCAGAAGACGGCGUUGAGCAGCGCGCGGCGGCUGUGCGACUCUCAGCUCUCUCUCCCCCCUCCACCCCCCCCAAGAAAAACACGUCUAAAGUGGUGUCAGCCGGGAGGAAGCGGACCAGAGUCCCGGGGAUCGGAUACUUUCACCGCUGGGACCCCUGCGCCUCUUUCCGUGUGUGUACUUUAAAAGACUCCGGGAGCCGGUUCGCUUCGUGCCGCCGAGUCGCCGGGAUUUCCUCCCAAGAUGAACUUGGAUCCGGCGGUCGGGAAAGUUCCUGUGUUUGUGGCUGCGCUCCUCCUCGUGCUGGUGUGUCGCGCGGCCGAGCCGCCGGCGUCGCAGUUGUCCGGCGGUGACUUCCAGAACCUCACCGGGCGGCAGCACCGAGCGUGUGUGGAGAACGAGCAGUACCUGCACCAGGGGUUCUGCUGCCACAACUGCCCGGCUGGAACCUUCGUGCAUAAGGGAUGCGAAAGAGACCAGGAGUCCGGCUCCUGCGUCGCCUGCGAGGACGGACGGGCCUACACGGAGCACUCCAACGGCAUGAGCCGCUGCUUGCCCUGCACGCACUGCCGCUCAGAUGAGAUCCGGACCGCUUCCUGCACCACGACCACGGACACCAGCUGCCAGUGCCGACAGGGCACCUUCUGCGUGCCGGACCAGGCCUGCGAAGUCUGCAAGCGCUGUGCCAAGUGUAAGUCGGGGGAGGAGGAGGUGAAGAAGUGCACCCCGAUUUCCAACACCGAGUGUCGCAAGCGCGACCUGUCCCCCACGGAGGCCCCGCCGGUCCCCCCCACCCCGACCGCCGCCGCCGCCGCUCCGGCAGACAUCGUUGCUCCCGUAUGGAUCUCCCUCAUCGUCAUUGCCAUCGCCAUCGCCGCCGCGCUGGCUGUUUGGUGGCUCUUGGUCAAGCGGCGUUCAUGCGAGAUACCCUGUUCAAGGAGCCACUGUGACUCCAGUGAAAUUGUGAAGAUUCCAAUCGACGAGAGCGGCUCCACGGCCGAGGAGCGGCAGAACCAUCAGAACGCCGGCCUGGAGGGCGAGGAGUGCCGCCCGGAGUCCCGCCCCCUGCUGCAGGAGACCGGGAUGACCAAGGCCUCCCCUCCCCUGGAAGACGAGGACCGCGGGCUCGGAGACAGCUUGCCCAACACCACCAGCUCCUCUCAGACGAGCCUGUCGGCCCUGCCCACCGCCGCCGCCGCCUCCUCCGAUGACCCCGCACACCCACCCCAGCAGAGCCCCGCCGCCGCCGCCCGCCUGCCCCCGCCGGACACGGACGAUCCUCUGCAGCAUCGAUUGGUGCCUGUACAAGGGUCCGAGAAAUCCCUGAAGAAGAGCUUCGAUCUGUUCGACGAGUACCUGGACGUGCGGAUCCACAACAAGUUCUUCAGGCUGAUCGGCGUCAGCGACAACCACAUCCGGAUCGCCGAGAGCGGCCCCCCCGGCGACAAGGUGUACGAGCUGCUGAAGAACUGGAUGCAGCGGCGGGGGCUGAAGGCGGACAUCAACGACCUGCUGGAGGCCCUGCUCACCAUGGACCAGCGGCGCUCCGCCGAGAGCAUCGCCUCGGAGGCCCUGCGGAGAGGCUACUACAAACACGCCGACGCGCCCUGAAGGCCCAAUAGCCCCCCAAGUAGAAACUUAUUUAAGAGGACGCGGUCGGUGACCUCUCUGACCUCUCCGUGGCUGAGCGGCCGUGUACUCAAAGGGCCAGUAGUUUUAAAAAGGAGGCGGUAUGGGGGAGGGGGGGGGGGGGGUCGAGCCGUAUUUACCAGAACGCAGACGAUGUCGACCACUACGGCCAAAGCCCAGGGCGUAGUAUCGAAAAAUGGAGAAAGGGUUGCGUGGUCCGAAUUCGACGACGUCGCCGCCGAGACGACGAUGAAAUGUGUGUUUUUUAAAAUAUAUAUACAUACAUAUAUAAGAUAGAGUGAAGGUGUCCGCUUCCACGGGCGGACGUGGCUGCGUGGCUUUGACUCGGAUGGAGCGACACGCAUCCAAAUACUGAAAGCGUCUCUGAGCGCGUGUGUGUGUGUGUGUGUGUCACGCAUCCGGCCCUCGCAUCUCACACACACAAGGCGCUACCUGGAGACGAGGAUAUACACUGGUUUGUAGGAGGGGCGUCAGCUGUGUCGCUAAUACUCUGCCUCUUUGCACUGACCUCUGGCACAUGUGGGAUUUCAAACCAAAAUCCUGCUAUUUUUGUUGGUUUGUCGGGGCGGUCAAAUCGCAGCUUUACUAAUCCAAGUUUCGCCUCUUCGGGGCCGUCCGGUCAUUGAAAUGUGUUUAGCGACGUCGACGCGCUGAGCGAUGGGGGCGGCCUUUUUUCUGCAGCACCCGAGUUUCACCGGCUGUUCCUGUCGGAGCGGCUUUUAUUUGUCCAAACGUUUCCACGACGUUUCCAUGUAACUUGGAGAACUUCAAAGGUCAUUUUCUAUUUAUUGACAUAUUUAUUGUAAUGAAUAAUAACUUUUUAUUAUUUAUACCGUUUUCGACCCUAUAAAACGUUUUUUUUAGCUCCGGGGCAAAAUGACCGACCUCAAACUUCUCAGAGGUG